CGGGAGGACACAGAACAUAGAGCUGCUAACACAUUUUGAGAAGAGUACAUCAGAGUGAGCAAGCCACGCUAUCUGGGCAGAUCAUUCUUUUUAGUAUGUCAAGAUCCAGUCCUUUCUGUGUCACUUCCAAAAUUGCAACAAUAGGAAGCCUGUGCUUGCUACCAUUCCAGCUGGUGCUCUCAGAUCUAUCGUGUGAAGAAAAUGAAAUGUGUGCAAAUUAUGAUGACCAGCAUUCUGAUGGCUGGUAUAUCUGGUUCCUACUGAUGAUACUCUUGGUGGUUCUCCUCUGUGUAGUAGUGUUUCUCUGUCUCCGGUCCUGGCUGAAAAGGUGCCGAAUAGAUGAUUCUCCCAGACGCACUGUGGCUGUUUUUGCUGUUGGAGACUUGGAUUUCAUUUAUGAGACAGAAAUGGCUGGAAGUCCAACACCUGGAAUCGGCCUUGUUCCAAACACUGAACUAAGUCCUGCUCCAUGUUUUAGUGCCUUAGGUCCUCCACCUCUGUAUGAAGAGACUCUUAUAACAAGCUGAUUGUACCCAGAAUUGGAAGUGGAAUGUAUUAGAACUAUUUCUAAACAGAGACAACCAAUGUUAGGCAAAUUGUUUGACUUAGCGGAAAUUCUUGGAGACCCAAAUCUUGGAGACCUCAGAGUCUGAGCAAGUACAAGCAGACAAAAGAGUCGAUGGAAGGAGGAGUGGUAUGGUCAUAGUGAUGUUUGUUGUGGAUUGGUGGACUCUGUAGCACAGCUUGAUUGCACAUUUAGACCAGACAACACUCACAUUUUAGUUUGGAAGGAGGCAGAAAUGGGAACUAGGAAUCAUUUGCAUUAAUUUUGCCUCCCACUGCCUUCCACAGCUUAUUAAAUGAUGCCUCCACAUCUCCAUCUUCAGCCAGCCUCUGACAGCAAGUCAUUAAAAAUGAAUAAAUAGUUUAGUGAUGGUGCUCGAGCCUAAGAGGGUGAGUAUUUGACUUAAAGAUAAAAUGAGAGAACGGGAAGAACGUCCUAACUCUGAAAUCGACAGAGGAAAAUGAAUGGAAAUGGAGAAGAAAGAUGACUAGUCUCAACACAAGAAGUUUUAUUCCCCAGCUGGAGAAGAAAGAACAUGUACCUAGAAGCAGAAGAUUGCCUAAGAUGUGAACUGGCAGAAACAAUGAUUCUGAGAGAAAAAGGGGAGGGGUCUCACUGUCCUUGGAAAAUGUGAACUCCACAGCCUGAUCUCUUCCAGGACCCUCAGGAUUUGCAUUUGUUGCAGCAAAAUAGGAAGGAACUUUGUUAUAGAUUUUUUUUUUUUUUUGCUUGAAGACUGCUACAGAAGAAGUAGAAGCUUGAGAUUUUCAAGCAUCAUAUGGCAAGGACAGAGGCAGGGCCAUAAUAAUAAUAAUAGUAGUAGUAAUAAUAAUAAUAAUUCAUCAGAUUCAAUAAUAAUAGUAGUAGUAAUAAUAAUAAUAAUAAUAAUAAUAAUUCAUCAGAUUCCACACUAGCUAGAUACAGAUAGUGACCUUGUUUCAUGAAAUAAUUGACGUAUAUACUUGAUUGCUUGACUAAACCUAAUCCAAAUCUUUUCUCAAAACUGCUUUGGGAAAGAGUUUCUAACUUUCCUAUAGCUCAGUCAAGGGCUUGUACCUUCUGCUUGUAUUACUUCGUUUAACGAUUUUGUCUGAAAAUCUUGUUGAUCCUCGAUUCACAAUUUCCAGACUCUAAAAGUUUCCCACUUAGCACCUCUCUCUGGUAUGAACCACCACUGUUGGUCCCUGCUGGAGUCCUACAAUAGAUGGAAACUGAUCCAGGCGCCCCCAUCUUCGUUCUCGAGUAUCCAUCCUAUUGACAACACAGAAGCCAGGAAAUUAUUUCCUAGUUUCAGAUUUGCUUAAAUACUGAGGAGGAAGUGGAGAGAGUUAGUAUUCAGGCGUCUGUACUGGUCCGCCCGUGGGGUCCUGACAGUAGUGUUAGUAUUCAGGCAUCUGUACUGGCCUGUUCUUGGGGUCCUGACAGGAUAUGUCCUCAGCUUCAGGCACUAAGAGCAUCUCCUGUGCACAUUCUCUACCUUCCCUUUUAAAAGGGUAGGCCUUGCCCACCUCCUGCCUCUCCACCUGCCUCUCUUUCUCUUCUACCCGCUCUCUGCCCACUUCUCUGUCCCCUUUUCUGACCUCAAUCUCCUAUUCCAGUAAUCUCCCAUGUGAUCUCUGUUGUAUAGCAUGACAGCAUGACACCUUCCCACCGUUUUAAACAUGAUAGCAAAGACAUUUCCCAUAUUUCCUGUACCCACACGUAGGCAGGGUCUCGUAGGAUUACAUCCUUCUCCUGAUGAAGCCGCACUGGCGCACAUCAUCACACAAUGUUGCGCUGUACAUUCUGGGGGUGUGAUGGUUUGAUUAUGAUUUUCAGCACCAUCACCACAAUAUCUUACAGUUUCGUUGUCCUGAGAAUCCCCACGCUCUACUAACCCAAGUCCCUACCUCCAUUCCAACUCCUGGCCUACAGUGAUCUUUUCAUUGUCUCCCCUGUUUUGCCUUUUCCAGUGGAGCACUUACUUGAAAUCAUACAGAUGUAGUACCCCCCUCUCGGCUUCUUGGAGUGUUUAAGGUGUGUAUAAAUUUUUUCUGUGUCUUUCACGGCUUGAUAGCGCAUUUUUUUUCAGUGCUGAAUAGCGUGCUACUGUCUGAAGUGGUAUUGUUCAAUCAUGCAUUCACGGACUUCACAUCCUGCCUUGAUAUGGAGAACGGUCUUUUACGAUGUUAGCAAUCUGAUACUCUCCUGAUACCGCAACUUGGCAUAUAGCUCCAUGCAAGCUGAUGUCAUCUUGUCUUCCUUCCUUAGGAUGCUCGGAAUGCUACCACGUGUUCAUUUAGGCUUUGUGUCGUUAGGCUCUAACUCCGCUGCGUAUUUUACUUGCCUCCCCCUUCCCCAUAUAAUAAAACUGCCGCAACCCCCCUCAUUUUUUUAGCAUGCCACCCUUUUCAGUAGGGCACAUUUAAAAUACCCUACUUUAAUUUAAAUUACAGCCACUCCCUCCUUUGGCAAAGCCCAUCUCCUAAUUCCAGAUAUGUGCUAAUUUUCACUAACAUUGAAAUUAGACUGCAUUCAGGGGACAAAUGUGUCUUCUCUGGCUAGAAUGGCAAUUCUUCCAGGGGAGAAGCAUCAUUCACUGAUUUGUACCAUGUGUCUGAAACACUUUAUUGGGAACUUAGUGUGUAUUUUAAAUAACAUUUAUAAUUCCUGUUCCUAGAUUCUAGGAAGUCUCAUACACAGCCACGUGGGCAUCCAAUGGGUGUGAGGCCUCAUGGGUAUGAGCAUGGGCAGAGAUGAGGGCUCACUCAUCCACUUAGGCUGCAUCCACUGACAAAGGAAGUCUAGAGAAAUGCAUCAGUGUGCUGUGGUCUGCGGAUGCUCAGAAGGACUUCAUGCUGUAUGAACUGUCUGUGUUUAUACCAUCAAACUUUAUGUCCCUCCUUAUCUGAUGACCUGACUAUUCCUAACUUCAAGCUGAAUGUGAUAGAGUGAACAAGCCCUCAUCUCAGAAAGAUAUUAUGUCUUCGAUAAAGGUGUAAAAAAUGUACUUAAGUAUUUAAUUCAGAAGAAAAAUAGCAAUAGGAAAAAGAGAACAGAGGACUUUUGGCUACAGGACAGUGGUAUCGUAAAAGAGAAGAGAGGAGCCCAGAGCUCUCCUCAGAGCUGACUGAAGUGUCCACUUUGCUCUGCUUGCGCAGUGUCUUCACAGAAGAAAUGGAGAAUAGGUGAGCAACUAACUCCAAGCUGAAACUACGCAGAAGCACCAAGGUAGGAGUGUGGAGCUCAUCCACACUUGACAGGGAAUAUUAAUUAGUUAAUUAAGGGAUGCAGCAUUGCGGCCAUCCUGAGCAGAGUCACUCCAGUGAGAACAUGGAUGGGAGUGGCAUGCAACAGGUUCUUAGAGGCGUGCUCCAGAGAGAAAUAGGAUGCAAAACUGUGACUGAAAUAUGGAAAUAAGCAAAGUAUAGGAGCAGUUAUUGAAACCACAAAAAGCAGAGGUUGAAUUCACUAAAAGAUGAUUAAGCUAUGAGUGAUAUAUACGACACUGUUUUAAAAUGAUCAACUAUAGAUACUGUAGCUGAUACUGUUUACAUAAACUAGAAUUGUUAGUCUUUUAAAGUGUAUUGUAAGUUGCCAAGUGAAGGCGGAAGACGACGUGUGAAGUAAAGUAGCAGGCUGUGACAUCAGGCCUAAGCCUGUUCUCAGAAGCCAGAAAGAAAAUGAAUGCGGAAGGAAAGUGUCCAAGUACAUCGUCUGUAACGUCUCAGGCAUCUGACAUCAGACAUCAAGAACUGAAGAGCAGAGCGUUGUCUCUAGAGGCUGGACAGCAAAGUAAUUGUGUGGGGGAUAACGCAGACCGGGAAGCACCGAUUUGUUUUCAUCUCCAGUCUAUAGUGUUAUUUGACUUAAUGUAUGUGCUGUUUUACUUAGACGUACAAUUAAGCAGCUGGAUGCCUUGGCAGUAAUGACUCUGAAUUGCAAGCCCACAGAGGAAGUCAGGAUGCAAGGAAACACAGACUGUUAAGUGAGCGUAGGAGACGGGAAUACAGGUAGUUUCAUCUUUUACACACACUCCAGGACUGUGGAAGAGCUUGAUUAUCUGGGUAAUUACUUGCUUAGUUGAAAAUCGAAAGCAGAUAUGAUCCUGUACGGCUGUAAAUUGGACACUGGGGAAUUGAGACGGACUACCAAGUGUGAGUCUGAGGCCAGUCUGCACUACAUACUUAGCCUCUGCCUGAAAAUGGAAAGGGGCGAAGGAAGAAAAGAGAAAAAGAAGACAAGAAAAGCUCAGAGUUCUUUCUCAAGUGUCUGGAGAGAUGGGUAUACCACAUACUCUUAUUUGAUUACUGUCUAUUAUAUAUGGGCUCAAAUCCUCUGUACUUCUGGAAUGUGUACAAUGGAUGUAACAACUACAAAUAAUGUACCAACGGAUUAUUCACAUUAAGCCAGGGAAUGUGGAUAGCGAUUAAAUUUAUCUUAAGUAAAUAAAUUUAGGAAAAGAUUCUUCUUUAUAUGCUAUGAAAUAAGGAUCUCAAAUCACACUCCACAUGGAUGCCAGGUUGUGGUUAUAAUUCAUACCUAGAAAAUGGUGGGAGAAGCUAGUGAUGGGGGUGGUGGUGAUGAUUCAGCAACUGGAUUCAGUCUACCAGCAAACACCGGUGUUGAAGCUAUGAACUAUGAAGUACCUGUUCCAAAGCUACUUGCACAAGUGUGUCAAUUCAAACCAAAUCAAUACAUAUAGUGGGUAUAUAGUUAGCUGGAUGGAAUACUGUUGAUUAGACAUAGUUAGGAGAGGAGUGUGAGCCUAAGGAAUAUGCAGGUGGAUUGAAGUGGCAGAAAAAUAAUGUUUAUUUUCCUAGAAGAUUAUUUUAAAAAUAAAGAUAUCUGAAUAUCAAA